AUGAUGUUCCGAGACCAAGUGGGCAUCCUCGCUGGCUGGUUCAAGGGCUGGAAUGAGUGUGAGCAGACGGUAGCCCUGCUGUCCCUUCUGAAGCGGGUCACCCGCACCCAGGCCCGCUUCCUGCAGCUCUGCCUGGAGCAUUCACUGGCAGACUGCAAUGACAUCCACCUGUUGGAGUCAGAGGCCAACAGUGCUGCCAUCGUCAGCCAGUGGCAGCAGGAGUCCAAAGAGAAAGUGGUGUCCCUCCUACUUUCCCACCUGCCCUUGCUCCAGCCAGGCAAUACGGAGGCCAAGACAGAGUACAUGAGGCUACUGCAGAAAGUCCUGGCCUACUCAAUCGAGAGCAAUGCCUUCAUUGAGGAGAGCCGCCAGUUGCUCUCUUAUGCCCUCAUCCACCCAGCCACCACACUGGAGGACCGCAACGCACUAGCACUCUGGCUAAGCCACCUGGAAGAGAGGCUAGCUAGUGGCUUCCGAACCCGACCAGAACCUGCCUAUCACUCACACCAGGGCUCAGAUGAGUGGGGGGGCCCUGCAGAGCUGGGUCCUGGGGAGACAGGACCAGGCUGGCAGGAGAAACUGCCCCGGGAAAAUGGACAUGUGUCCUUCCACCCACCCAGCUCCGUGCCACCAACCAUCAACAGUAUUGGGAGCAAUGCGAGCACAGGUCUCCCCUGCCAAAUCCACCCCAGCCCGCUGAAGCGCUCCAUGUCACUCAUCCCCACGAGCCCCCAGGCCCCUGGUGAAUGGCCCAGUCCAGAAGAGCUGGGGGCCCGAGCUGCCUUUGCCACGCCCGACCACGCACCGCUCUCACCCCAGAGCAGCGUGGCCUCCUCUGGCAGUGAGCAGACGGAGGAGCAGAGCUCCAACCGGAACACUUUCCAGGAGGACGGCAGUGGCAUGAAAGACGUGCCCUCUUGGCUCAAGAGUCUUCGCCUGCACAAGUAUGCAGCCCUCUUCUCACAGAUGAGCUAUGAAGAGAUGAUGACACUGACUGAGCAGCACCUAGAGUCUCAGAAUGUCACUAAAGGUGCCCGCCACAAGAUAGCCCUGAGCAUCCAGAAGCUGCGUGAGAGGCAGAGCGUCCUUAAGUCCCUGGAGAAGGAUGUGCUGGAAGGUGGGAAUCUGCGAAAUGCUCUGCAGGAGCUGCAGCAAAUCAUCAUCACCCCCAUCAAGGCCUAUAGUGUCCUCCAGGCCACCGUGGCUGCUGCAGCUGCUGUCACCCCCACUGCCAAGGAUGGAAGUCGGGGGGAGCCGACGCUGCCAGGUGCUGAGCCUCCCCUGGCCCAUUCUGGCACAGACAAGGGCACUGAGGCCAAAGACCCUUCAACAGAGAGCUUCCCCCCUCCAUCAACUCCAGCUCCUGCUGAUGGCAACGAACCAGCUCCGGCUCCUGUCGCUGAUGGAGACAUCCCCAGUCAGUUUACACGGGUGAUGGGCAAAGUGUGCACUCAGCUGCUAGUGUCCCGGCCAGAUGAAGAAAACAUCACCAAUUACCUCCAGCUCAUCGAAAAGUGCCUGACUCAUGAGGCUUUCACGGAGACGCAGAAGAAACGCCUGCUGUCCUGGAAACAGCAAGUACUAAAGCUCCUCCGGACAUUCCCUCGCAAAGCUGCAUUAGAGAUGCAGAACUUCCGUCAACAGAAAGGCUGGGCAUUCGGCUCCAACUCACUCCCCAUAGCUGGCUCUGUGGGGAUGGGAGUUGCUCGGAGGACCCAGCGGCAGUUCCCCAUGCCUCCCCGUGCCCUCCCACCCAGCAGGAUGGGCCUCCUAAGCCCCUCAGGCAUUGGGGGGGUCUCCCCCCGACAUGCUCUCACCAGCCCCAGCCUUGGAGGCCAGGGCCGACAGAAUCUGUGGUUUGCCAACCCUGGAGGCAGCAACAGCAUGCCCAGUCAGAGCCGCAGCUCUGUGCAGCGUACCCACUCUCUCCCGGUCCACUCGUCACCCCAGGCCAUUCUCAUGUUUCCUCCAGACUGCCCGGUCCCUGGGCCUGACCUGGAGAUCAACCCCACUCUGGAGUCUCUGUGUCUGAGCAUGACAGAACACGCCUUGGGUGAUGGGACAGACAAAACCUCCACCAUCUGACGUGACCCAGAGCCCAGCGUACCCAUGGGCUCCCUGGGCGGCGGGCAGGGCCAACCCCCAUCAGGUUCCUCUGCAACAGCGAGAGGGUGGACUGGCUCUAUACAUUCUAAUAUUUUUCUACUUUUUCACCCUCUUAACUUUUGUUUAAUAUUGGCACCCCGCCUUGCCCACUCCCAGGCCCAUCUUGGGAUUUCUUCUGAGCCAAAGGGGACAUGUAGGGGCAGCCACAAAAAAGGGGGCAGGGUCAGGUCAGCCUCUCUACCCCUUCCCUUUCUCAUUCCCACCUGGCCCAGUCCCAUCCUGGCCUCCUCCAGACUGCUGACCAUUGCUCCUCUUCAGGGAGCAGACACCCCCAGAGACAAGCUGACCCACUCCCUUGUGGAGCCUGCUCAGAAGCAUUUAACACGGGAGAAAUGAGUGGGGUAGACAAGUUGUUCUCCAAAACAUUGAGAGGAGUUAGAAGCAAUGGACUGAGGAGAGGAACCUGUCUCUCCUCUCCAACUUCUUCCUCUUCCCCCCAUCCCUAUUCAUGAGGACAGGAGCCACCUUCCUCUCACCUCUUUUUUCCCUGUUUAUCAGAGGUUCUCUACAAUUAAUUUCUUAAGCCUAUUUAAGAUACAUAUUUAUAUAGUU